CAAGGACCGCGGUGUGACGGCGCUGUCUUGGCGGAGCGCGACCCAGUGCGGCUCAGCCCUCGCGUCAAGACACACGCUCGAACAAACCAACUAGUACCACAACACACGCAUCCUACAUCGUUCAGCAAGGCCGGCGCUAGUCGAAGACUAAUGCAUGUCAUGUUGACCGCACGAACAUCUAUAUGAGGCCGCCCAAGUCAAAUAAUUGCAAGAAUGCAGCGCGUGCUAGCCCUGACGGCGGUCUUGGCCUUCAGUGAGACUGGGUCCGCCCUUCAAUGUUACCAAUGCCUCAUCAAUCCGCCACCAGGCCACAACUACACGUCUACGCCGCGCCUGUGUGUGAACUUCGACCACUCCAACAAGUUCGUCGUGGACUGUCCCUACUCCACGAUGUGCAUGAAGCAAGUCUUCCAUUUGGACAUUCAGAAUGGAGUGAGAAUUGACGGCGUGCUACGAGACUGCGCACCGCAGACCAACAAGUAUCAAGACUACGAGAACGGGCGCUGGUCGCCUAAGAUCGAGAUCAUGGAGCCGUAUAAGGAGGGCUGCUUAGAAGUUGACGAUAAGGGCGAGAGGACACCUUCCACUAGAUACUGUUAUUGUCGUGGUGACUUGUGCAACACGUCCAACACGAACCACGAGGGAUACACAGACAUCAUGGGUGUUAUACUCGUAUUUAAUCUUAUGAAAUACAUCAACAGUAUUAGGUAUGCUUCGCCUAAGGGCAACACUAAAGUGUGUUCUGGCAUCCGAUGCUACAGCUGCGAGGUGGAGCACACUACAUCGUACAACAAGGUAGCCAAGACAUUUCAAGCCACGCAGACGUGCGACCACUUCAACGGCAGCGACGUUAAUGCCAUAGAUUGCCCGGAGUCAACCAUGUGCGUGAAGCGAGUGACUACGCAGGACAUCGGGCCGGAUCUUUCAACCAAAAGCGUCAGACGCGGCUGCGCCCCUCAAACCACCGAGGGCAUGCAAGAAAAAGUCGGCAGGCAUUGGCGGCCCGUGAACAAAAUCUACGAAGUGUAUGAAGAGGGUUGCAUUGACGACCCUAGUAACGAGCACAAGCUUACUAAAACUGUGCUGUGUUACUGCAGGGGAGACCUGUGUAACAGUAGUUGGAAAAUAUCUCUAUUACCUGCUACGUUACUGAUAGCAUUAGGAACACUUUUUCAAUUUCGUCCGUGUACUUAAAAUUGUGUUUUAGUU